GUCGCGAGAAUCAGGUGCGUCAGCGGCGUCCGGAAACGCCAGAGGAGCCAGUGGAGCGGCUCUGUAGUCCAAAGUACACCGUCGACCCCAGCAGGACCGCUCCACCGCCGCCUAUUAGACCCAGUCCCGGGGACUGCGCAGUCGCAGAGCUCCGUCCGAGUACCGGAAGCCUAGGAGCCAGCACUUCCGGGAAGUGACUGCGUCUCCGAAGCCGAUUGGUUGUUGCCUUGCUCCCGCUCGCGUCGGUGGCGUUUUUCCUGCAGCGCGUGCGUGGUACGCUACUGAGCAGCGCCAUGGAGGAUUCUGAAGCACUGGGCUUCGAGCACAUGGGCCUCGAUCCCCGACUCCUUCAGGCUGUCACCGAUCUGGGCUGGUCGCGACCUACGCUGAUCCAGGAAAAGGCCAUCCCACUGGCCCUAGAAGGGAAGGACCUCCUGGCUCGAGCCCGCACGGGCUCCGGGAAGACGGCCGCUUAUGCCAUUCCGAUGCUGCAGCUGUUGCUCCAUAGGAAGGCGACAGGUCCCGUGGUAGAACAGGCAGUGAGAGGCCUUGUUCUUGUUCCUACCAAGGAGCUGGCACGGCAGGCACAGUCCAUGAUUCAGCAGCUGGCUACCUACUGUGCUCGGGAUGUCCGAGUGGCCAAUGUCUCAGCUGCUGAAGACUCAGCCUCUCAGAGAGCUGUGCUGAUGGAGAAGCCAGAUGUGGUAGUGGGGACCCCAUCUCGCAUAUUAAGCCACUUGCAGCAAGACAGCCUGAAACUUCGUGACUCCCUGGAGCUUUUGGUGGUGGACGAAGCUGAUCUUCUUUUUUCCUUUGGCUUUGAAGAAGAGCUCAAGAGUCUCCUCUGUCACUUGCCCCGGAUUUACCAGGCUUUUCUCAUGUCAGCUACUUUUAACGAGGACGUACAAGCACUCAAGGAGCUGGUAUUACAUAACCCGGUUACCCUUAAGUUACAGGAGUCCCAGCUGCCUGGGCCAGACCAGUUACAGCAGUUUCAGGUGGUCUGUGAGACUGAGGAAGACAAAUUCCUCCUGCUGUAUGCCCUGCUCAAGCUGUCAUUGAUUCGGGGCAAGUCUCUGCUCUUUGUCAACACUCUAGACCGGAGUUACCGGCUACGCCUGUUCCUGGAGCAGUUCAGUAUCCCCAGCUGUGUGCUCAAUGGAGAACUUCCACUGCGCUCCAGGUGCCACAUCAUCUCACAGUUCAACCAAGGCUUCUACGACUGUGUCAUAGCAACUGAUGCUGAAGUCCUGGGGGCCCCGAUCAAGGGCAAGCGUCGGGGCCGAGGGCCCAAAGGGGACAAGGCCUCUGAUCCGGAGGCAGGUGUGGCCCGGGGCAUAGACUUCCAUCAUGUGUCUGCUGUGCUCAACUUUGAUCUUCCCCCAACCCCUGAGGCCUACAUCCAUCGAGCUGGCAGGACAGCACGUGCUAACAACCCAGGCAUAGUCUUAACCUUUGUGCUGCCCACGGAGCAGUCCCACUUAGGCAAGAUUGAGGAGCUUCUCAGUGGAGAGAACAGGAGCCCCAUUCUGCUCCCCUACCAGUUCCGGAUGGAGGAGAUCGAGGGCUUCCGCUAUCGCUGCAGGGAUGCCAUGCGCUCAGUGACUAAGCAGGCCAUUCGGGAGGCAAGAUUGAAGGAGAUCAAGGAGGAGCUUCUGCACUCUGAGAAGCUUAAGACAUACUUUGAAGACAACCCCAGGGACCUCCAGCUGCUGCGGCAUGACCUACCUUUGCACCCCGCCGUGGUGAAGCCCCACCUGGGCCAUGUUCCUGACUACCUGGUUCCUCCUGCUCUCCGUGGCCUGGUGCGCCCUCACAAGAAGCGGAAGAAGCUGUCUUCCUCUUGUAGGAAGGCCAAGAGAGUGAAGUCCCAGAACCCACUGCGCAGCUUCAAGCACACAGGAAAGAAAUUCAGACCCACAGCCAAGCCCUCCUGAGGUUGUUGGGCCUCUCUGGAGCUGAGCACAUUGUGGAGCACAGGCUUAAACCCUUUGUGGACAGGCGAGGCUCUGGUGCUUACGGCACAGCCUGAACAGACAAUUCUGGGGCCGGCAGUGCUGGGCCCUUUAGCUCCUUGGCACUUCCAAGCUGGCAUCUUGCCCCUUGACAACAGAAUAAAAAUUUUAGCUGCCCCAGUUUGUGCCUCCGGCAUGUGAAAAGGACUAUUCGAAUCCCCAAAACAUCAGGAGUCGGGAAACUUCCAGAAGACAGCUGCGCCUGGCUCUGCGGCUGCAUGCAGUGCUUCACUUGGCCAGCAGAGGUCAGCUGUGCCGAGCUGCCCUAGCCAUGAGAAGAGAAGCCUGCCCUUGCUGGCAGGUGGCUAUGGCCGGCCCAGAGCCUUCCUGCCCAGCUCCUGCAGCCCUGCUGCCUGGGAUCAGGCUGGGAGAUGGGCCUUCCUGACCACCAGCCUGCCUCUCCCUGAGCACACGCACAUGUAGAUUCAGGGGGAAGCUGCCUUCUCUUCCUUAGAGGAGCCAGGGCAGCUAUCUGCUGGUCCCUUUCUGAACAACUGUUGAUGUG